UCGCGGCUUCCGUUUCCGGUGGUGUCUGUGGCGGUACAUCCCAAAGCAAUGGCGGCUGGCGGCAGCGAUCCCCGGGCUGGCGACGUAGAAGAAGACGCCUCUCAGCUCAUCUUUCCCAAAGAGUUUGAAACAGCUGAGACUCUUCUAAACUCUGAAGUUCACAUGCUUCUGGAGCAUCGAAAACAACAGAAUGAGAGUGCAGAAGACGAGCAGGAACUUUCAGAGGUUUUCAUGAAAACCCUAAACUAUACAGCCCGCUUCAGUCGUUUCAAAAACAGGGAGACCAUUGCCAGUGUUCGCAGCUUGCUUCUCCAGAAAAAGCUCCAUAAGUUUGAGUUGGCCUGUUUAGCCAAUCUUUGCCCAGAGACUGCUGAGGAGUCCAAAGCUCUGAUUCCAAGCCUGGAAGGGCGUUUUGAAGAUGAGGAACUGCAGCAGAUUCUUGAUGAUAUCCAGACCAAGCGCAGCUUCCAGUACUAAUGUUCAGACACCUGGUCCCGAGACGGCACAGAAUGGCACCACAGCCCUGCCUGGUCAGCCUCACACAGGAGUGCAGUUGCAGAAGAUGCUUGGGCCGCUUUUGUAGAGUUUCCUUUAUUGAGAUACAAUGUCACUCUGAAGUCUCAGACUCCUGACAGGCCUUCUGCCUCAGCCUCCCAAGUGCUGGGAUUACAGGUGUGAGCCAACACUCAUGGCUUGGCUUUUGAAGAGGAAAGCUAUCUUGGUGGUGGUCUGGGUACUG